AUGACAGCGGCAACAGAACUGAGCGCUAAUGUGUGCGUCCAAAACGAGAGUGUGUUUGUUCAAGUGUUUCCUUUCCGUGUGUCUGUAGGAGAUCCAUCAUCUGGGUCAGAUUACAAAGCGGCGGGGAUCCUCGGUCGAUUCCGACUGACGGAUGAAAAGAAGACCAAAGAUGGCAGCUAUGUCAAUAACAGGAGUGGCCUCUGCUGA